CACCAGUAUCAGCCGAUGUGUACGAGCGGCAUUUUUGCUAUGCUCUUAAUUUUGGACAUUUUGGUACUCUUUUCCACUUAAAACCCGCUUACGGCUUAGCAAUGGAAAACUUGGGAAGCACUUCCGGUUUCCAUAUUUUCACUCAGAAAGCUUAAAAAUUCACUGAAGCUGUUCUUCAAUCUGUAUCCAGUUUAUGAGAAAUGUCAACAAUUUUCCCACCAAACUCUUUCUAUAACCAGAAUCCGUCAGAGCAAAUCAAGACAGACUUUGCCCUUAUUCAAACGAAAACAUUGAAUCGUAUAUAGAAUAAAAAUAGGCUCAGUGCUCAAACGAAUCUCUUUUUCUUCUGCCUAGAACACCCACAAUAACGAUUCAAAAGAAUUAUCAUACCCAGAUGUCUCGCCUUUGAGCACCAAAAACGAUUCUCCCAUGUUGGGACGGGUGCAAAUGGAGGAGGGAAAUGGGGAAGGUGAAGAUCCGCCGAUUUCGGAAUCGGGGCAAUCGAAUUGGUGGGCAAGUUUCUACAGAGACAUAUUGGCGGGGGCUGUGAUGGGAGGUGUGGUGCACACAAUCGUGGCCCCCAUAGAGAGGGCAAAGCUUCUAUUGCAGACACAGGAAAGUAACAUGGCAAUCUUGACGGGGGGAACUCAUAAAAAGUUUAAGGGUAUGUUGGAUUGUAUAGUGAGGAUUGUUAGGGAAGAAGGGUUUCUCUCUUUGUGGAGAGGGAACGGAAGCAGCGUUAUCAGAUACUAUCCUUCUGUGGCUCUCAAUUUCUCCCUAAAGCACUCUCUAAGUUCCUCUGGUGAAAAUAUCUUCAUCAACUUCAUCUUGAGAUAAUAGUUCAACAGUAUUUAAACUGAGGAUUUGGUUGCAAACUUACAAUAUGGAAGGAAUUGUGUAAUGAUCUUCUGCAUGAAACAAAGAAGUUGUUUUCUCGUAACGGGUCAAUUGGUUUUGGCUCGAGCAAAAGCAAUGUGCUUUCUAUAUUCAGGCAUGAAGAUUGAAGGCUGUAAGACAUUCCAUAGAAGUAUAAAGAGUCCCACAUCAGAUGCAAUAGAAAAGUUUCAGUCAAAUCAACUCCAUUAGUUUAUCUGAUGAUAAUUACUUUGUUAUUUCUUUCUUUCUGAGUUUGGAAUAUGCUGCUCAUCAUAGGGGUAGAAUAUUGUAGAAUACAAGAGUUAGCCUUGUUGUGUAAGUUCUGCCACAAGGAAAGUUUGUGCGUGUAUUUCUUUCUUCUUGUGGUGUAUUCUGAAAGCGCAGAAUGCAGCAUUUUGGACUUUCUCACUUAUGCUCUAAUAUAUUGUGGAACUGUAAUUUUCCAUACUCAUCUUUGACUUGAACUUUCUCUAAUUCUCUAGAUGCUUAUUACCACGGAAGUUUGAAUUUUCCUGGCUACCAAAGUAGUUUGUCACUAUUGUAUCAUACUAUCAUGUGAUUAUGACACUGACUUGUGUCCGCUAUCUUAAUAAUCACGUGUGAUUUCGAAAUUUGAUUAUCGACAGCCAGAAGCUUAUAUUUUGCAGGACCUCUAUAGGAAUAUCCUGCACAACAACUACGACAAGGGACACUUCUUGGCAGGCCCAUCUGCCAAUUUCAUCGCGGGGGCCGCGGCCGGAUGUACGACGCUAGUAAUCAUCUACCCCCUUGAUAUUGCGCACACACGUCUUGCCGCUGACCUUGGGAGAACUGACAUGCGCCAAUUCCGAGGCAUCUCCCACUUCUUAAGAACGAUCCAUGAUAAAGACGGGAUUCGCGGGGUCUACCGUGGCCUCCCUGCCUCUCUGCAUGGGAUGAUCGUCCACCGUGGCCUCUACUUUGGUGGUUUUGACACCUUAAAAGAUAUGAUGAUGAUUUCAUCAUCCAAACCAGAAGUGGCAUUGUGGAAACGCUGGGUGGCGGCUCAGGGGGUCACGACAUUAGCUGGGCUGUUGUCGUAUCCGCUCGAUACAGUCCGGAGACGAAUGAUGAUGCAGUCCGGAUCGGGGGCACCGCCCAUGUACCGGAACACAUUGGAUUGUUGGAAGAAGAUUUACAAGAUGGAGGGGCCCGCGUCUUUCUAUCGUGGAGCUCUUUCGAAUGUAUUCAGGAGUGUUGGGGCGGCUGCCGUGCUGGUUUUGUAUGAUGAGGUUAAGAAGUUCAUGGAUUGGACCGGUUUGUAGCAAAAUAUGUAAUACGCAGUAGUUAACAUAUGAACUCAGUGAUUUUGAAAGGACACUUUUUUUUUUGUUUCUUAGUUUAAGUUUUCAAAAAACAUUUGUCAUUCCCCAAUCACUAUUAAUUUCAUUGCUCUUAUUAAAGGGCGGCCGGGCAUAAAAAAUUUGGAAAUAAAGAGGAUUGCUGUUUUUAUCAUUCCCC